UUCCACAAAAGAGUAAUUCAUAGAAGAUUAUAAAUUACGCUGAACCCAAUAAUCCAUAAUUUUGCGGGAAUGUAUAAAAUAUCAAAGGGUUAACCGAUGCAAUUUUGGCUCGAAUUUCAUCACGAUUUAGAUUUCUCCUUUAAGUGCUGCUAAAGAGAUAUACUAGACUCGUCCGCCAUUACUUUUCCUUCAUCUUUGGUUUAAUAGAUUGAUAGUUUGAAAAAAAAAAAGAGAGAAUGGGAAGGCUAUUCGUGAUUACUCUUGAAGGAAGCGUUUAUAGCUGCAAGCACUGCUUAACCCAUCUGGCUCUCCUUGAUGACAUUAUUUCUAAGUCUUUCCACUGCAGGCAUGGAAAGGCUUAUCUCUUUGACAAGGUUGUGAAUAUCACAGUAGGAGAGAAAGAAGAUCGCAUGAUGUUGACUGGAAUGCACGCUGUUGUUGAUAUAUUCUGUGUUGGGUGUGGCUCGAUUGUGGGAUGGAAAUAUGAGGCUGCAUUUGAGAAGACUCAGAAGUACAAAGAGGGAAAAUUCAUUCUUGAGAGGUUUAAGGUGCUGGGUCCUGAUGGAAGCAUUUACUUGGCGGUUCAGGAAGCUAUGGUUGGUGGUAGUAGUGAUGCUGAUGAUGCUUGAUUGCUAUUCAGUUUGCCAUUUUUAUCAAAUGUUUUAAUUGUACAUUCUCUGCAUCACUUUUGCCUGUUGGCCUCCUUAUUUGGCCUCUUAAAUUGGAAAAAUUUUCUGUUUCAGAACAUUCUUUGCAAAUAGUAUUAUUAGAAUGAUCUUACACCGCUGCAAAGAUAGCAUAUUGUUGUUCCCAAUCCUUCUCCAGCUGAAUCAGACGACAUUUCAAAGGGUUUGUUUAUCAUAUCU